AACAACUGAUGUUUGAUUGUCUGUAUCAAGAACCGGUAAGACAGGUCAUGUCAGCUCAAGUAAAUUGUCGCUUCAAGUAACAGUUCUAGACAUACUGGAUCAAGAAUUAGUUAUUAGGGUCUACAAAAGCAAAUAUCUUGUACGGUCAGUAUUCAGUAAGAUUGAGAAAAUGACUUUGUCAGUGGGAUUAUAGCAGGCAGCCGUGAGUGUAACGUCAUACAGUGUGAACCACCCAUUCUUUUCUUUGUGCUGACAACGACUGCAAGGACCAAAGCAUAGUGGGAGCAUCAUCUUUAUUUCCCUCUCGUGGCAUUUCAUGAUUAGACCACCGUACCAUUCAUGUCUUAUCCAGGCAGGGCACAACAUAAGCUCUGGCUCCCGUCCUGGUUUCACCAGCAAACCAUGCAGACACUCCAGUUCUCAAACAAGACACAGAGCAAGAAAUUGCACAUACCUUCCCUUGGCCUUGCUCUCCUGUUGCUCAUCUCCUUGGCCUCUCAGGCCAGUUCCUGCACGGAGCAUGAGAAGGCCUCCCUUCGCCAGUUCCUUGCCGCGCUCUCGCGGGACGGAGGCCUCGCUGCCGCAUGGCAGGAUGGCAUGGAUUGCUGCAAGUGGAGAGGGAUCACCUGCAGCCAAGAUAGCAUGGUCACCAAUGUCAUGCUGGCUUCAAAAGGCCUUGAGGGGCACAUCUCGGAGUCCCUUGGAAACCUCCCCGUGCUGCAGUAUCUUAACCUCUCUCACAACUCGCUCUCCGGUGGCCUACCGUUGAAAUUGGUGUCGUCCAGCAGCAUCACCAUACUUGAUGUCAGCUUUAACCAGCUCAAUGGAACACUCCACAAGCUGCCAUCUCCAACCCCUGCCCGGCCUCUCCAGGUACUGAACAUCUCGAGCAACUUAUUUGCAGGACAGUUUCCAUCCACCACAUGGGAAGCAAUGGAGAAUCUGAGAGCACUCAAUGCCAGUAACAACAGCUUUACAGGGCGCAUACCAACUUAUUUCUGUAACAGCUCACCGUCCUUCGCUGUGCUUGAUCUGUGUUUAAACAAAUUCAGUGGCAACAUCCCCCAACGACUUGGUGAUUGCUCCAAACUGAGAGAGCUCAGGGCUGGGUACAACAACCUCAGUGGAACACUUCCAGAGGAACUCUUCAAUGCUACUUCAUUGGAGUGCCUCUCUUUUCCUAACAAUGAUUUGCAUGGAGUACUUGAUGGUUCACACAUAAUCAACCUCAGAAAUCUGUCUACUCUUGAUCUUGGAGGGAACAAUUUCAGUGGCAAUAUUCCAGAUUCCAUAGGCCAGCUAAAGAAAUUGGAGGAGUUACAUCUGGACAACAAUAACAUGUCAGGGGAGCUUCCAUCAGCUCUGAGCAACUGCAGAAAUCUCAUAACAAUUGACCUCAAGAGCAACCAUUUCAGUGGAAACCUUACGAAGGUCAAUUUCUCCAGGCUGACCAAUCUAAAAACAUUAGACGUUCUGUACAACAACUUCACUGGCACAAUUCCAGAAGGUAUAUACUCUUGCAGCAAUCUGGCUGCAUUGCGGCUAUCCGGCAACAACUUAGGUGGGCAGCUUUCACCACGAAUAGGUGAUCUGAAGUACCUCACUUUCCUGUCACUUGCUAAAAAUUCUUUCAGAAAUAUCACAGAUGCACUUCGGAUCCUUCAGAGUUGUACGAACCUUACCACCUUACUCAUUGGGCAGAAUUUCAUGGGAGAGCUCAUGCCAGAGAAUAACAAACUUGAUGGUUUUGAGAAUCUUCAGGUGUUAGACAUCGGGGAAUGCCCCUUGUUUGGAAAAAUACCUCUUUGGAUAUCAAAGCUAGCAAAUUUAAAGAUUUCCUGCAGGGAGCAUGAGAAGACCUCCCUUCUCCAGUUCCUUGCUGGGCUCUCGCGGGAUGGCAACCUCACGGCGUCGUGGCGGAACAAUACAGACUGCUGCACUUGGGAAGGGAUCACCUGCAGCAGUCCCAAUAGGACGGUCACUGGUGUUUCACUGGCUUCUCAAGGCCUCGAGGGGUCCGUCUCGCCGUUCCUUGGCAACCUCACCAGCCUCUUGCACCUCAACCUGUCGUGCAACUCGUUGUCCGGUGGCCUGCCGCUGGAAUUGGUGUCGUCCAGCAGCAUCACGAUCCUUGAUGUCAGCUUUAACCAGCUCAAUGGAGCACUCCAUGAGCUGGCAUCUCCAACCCCUGCCCCACCUCUCCAGGUACUGAACAUCUCAAGCAACUUAUUUGUAGGGCAGUUUCCAUCCACCACAUGGAAAGCAAUGGAGAAUCUGAUAGCACUCAACGCAAGCAAUAAUAGCUUUACAGGGAAGAUACCAAGUCAUUUCUGUAACAGCUCACCGUCCUUCGCUGUGCUAGAUCUGUGUUUAAACAAAUUCAGUGGCAACAUCCCCAAACAUCUUGGUGAUUGCUCCAAACUGAGAGAGCUCAGGGCCGGGUACAACAACAGCAGUGGAGAAGUCCCAGAUGAACUCUUCAAUGCUACUUUCUUGGAACACCUGUCUUUCCAUAACAAUGAUUUAAGUGGAGUUAUUGAUGGUGCACACAUAACCAAGCUCAGAAAUCUAGUAACACUUGAUCUUGGAGGGAACAACUUCAGUGGCCAGAUUCCAGAUUCCAUAGGACAGCUCAAGAAAUUGGAGGAGUUCCAUUUGGACAACAACAAAUUGUCAGGGGAGCUACCAUCAGCUCUAAGCAACUGCACGAACCUUGUAGUAAUUGUCCUCUCGAGCAACAAAUUCAGUGGAGGGCUCCCCGAGGUCGAUUUCUCUAACCUGCCAAAUUUGAAAACAUUAGACCUUAUGGACAACAACUUCACUGGCACAAUUCCAGAAAGUAUAUACUCUUGCAGCAAUUUAACUGCACUGCGGCUGUCAGGCAACCAGUUAGAAGGGCAGCUUUCACCACGAAUUUGCGAUCUGAAGUACCUCAGCUUCCUAUCACUUGCUGAAAAUUCUUUCAGAAACAUCACAAACACACUUCGGAUCCUUAAGAACUGCAAGAACCUUACCACCCUGCUUCUCGGGGAAAAUUUCAGAGGAGAGCUCAUGCCAGAGGAUGAGACACUUGAUGGUUUUCAGAAUCUCCGUGUUCUUGGUAUGGGAGACUGCUCAUUGUCGGGAAAAAUACCUGUUUGGUUAUCAAAGAUAAAAAACUUGGAAGUGUUAUUUUUACAUGACAAUCAACUUACUGGGCCGAUACCUGACUGGAUCAGCGACCUAAACUUCCUCUUCUAUCUAGACAUAAGAAACAACAGCCUCACCGGGGAAAUUCCAACAGCACUGAUGGAUAUGCAUAUGCUGAAGUCAGAAACGGCGGAAGCCCAUCUCGAUCCAAGUGUCUUCGAGUUACCUGUUUAUAAAGAUUCAUCACUUCAAUACCUUAUAUCCACAGCAUUCCCUAAAGUGGUGGAUCUAAGCAGUAAUAAAUUCACUGGUGAGAUACCCCUCGAUAUCGGUCAUUUGAAAGUCCUUCUUUCAGUCAAUUUCAGCUUCAACCACCUGACAGGACAUAUACCACAAUCAAUAUGCAAUCUCACAAAACUGCAGGUGCUAGACUUGUCCAGCAACAAUCUCACAGGUGGUAUCCCAGCUGCAUUGAGCAACCUGCACUUUCUUUCAGCAUUCAACAUUUCAAACAAUGGCCUAGAAGGGCCUAUUCCAUUUGGAGGACAGUUUAAUACAUUUCAAAAUUCUAGUUUCGAUGGGAAUCCAAAUCUCUGUGGCUCUAUGCUCACUCACAAAUGUGGCCCAGGUUCAACACCUCUAGUUCCAAGAAAACAAGGAAAUAAGGUCAUUUUUGCAAUUGCAUUUGGUGUGUUCUUUGGAGGUAUUGCUUUUCUUUUGUUGCUGGGGCGUCUCCUUGUCGAAAUCAGGAUAAAGGGUUUUACAGAAAAAAGUCAAAGGGAGAAUAACGGAGGUAAUGAGGAAACUUCAUUCUACUCGAGUUUAGAACAAACAGUAACGGUGAUGCCACAAAGAAAAGUAGAAGAAAACAAGCUCAAAUUCAUGAACAUUGUGAAAGCCACGAACAACUUUGACAAGGAGAACAUAAUUGGAUGUGGAGGAUACGGAUUAGUCUACAAGGCAGAGCUGCCUGAUGGAUCCAAGCUGGCAAUCAAAAAGCUCAACAGUGAAAUGUUUCUGGUGGAAAGAGAGUUUAGAGCAGAGGUUGAUGCACUCUCCAUGGCACAGCAUGCAAAUCUUGUACCACUCUGGGGUUACUGCACACAGGGAAACUCAAGGCUGCUCAUUUAUUCUUACAUGGAGAAUGGUAGCCUGGAUGAUUGGCUUCAUAACAGGGAUGAUUAUCUCAAAUCCUGUCUUGACUGGCCGACUCGGCUCAAGAUUGCACAAGGAGCGAGCCUGGGCCUUUCCUAUAUCCAUAACGUCUGCAAGCCUCAUAUUGUCCAUCGUGACAUCAAAUCCAGCAACAUCCUACUGGACAAAGCAUUUAAAGCUUAUGUUGCAGACUUCGGGCUAGCCAGAUUGAUCCUUCCCAAUAAAACACAUGUCACAACUGAGUUGGUUGGCACUACGGGUUACAUUCCCCCUGAGUAUGGGCAAGCAUGGGUUGCUACGUUAAGAGGUGAUAUCUACAGUUUCGGGGUAGUCCUGCUUGAGCUUCUCACAGGCAGGCGGCCUGUUCCAGUCCUGUCUACGUCGAAAGAACUUGUCCCGUGGGUUCUACAGAUGAGGUCUGAGGACAAGCAGAUUGAGAUCCUGGAUCCAACACUUCAGGGAACAGGGUAUGAAGAGCAAAUGCUGAAGGUGCUUGAAACUGCUUGCAGGUGUCUUGAUCAUGAUCAAUUCAGGAGGCCAACUAGCAAGGAAGUGGUCUCCUGCCUGGCCAGUAUAGAUGCUGACCUGCAGACAUGAAAGUCAGCCAAGAGCCCAUAAAUUCCAUAUGAUAGGUCGUAUUGUACUUUACAGAGAAUAGAUGCAAUUUUACCAGCUUCGCUAGAAGCACUAGUUGUGAUUGGCCUUACCUUUUUUUACAGCGCCCAACAGAUUCGCAUUUUGAACUUUACAUGUGUGUUCUAGGAGAGUUCUUUCUAAGUUCAUCUUCAUUUCGGAUGCUUCUUAAAUUAUAAUGUAUGCUCAAGCUUCACAAGCUUGGGAAAAAUAAAAAGCAAGCGAUAUUAUUGCCUUGUUU